AUGAAGCUUAUGAGACUGUUUUUAGCCUACCGUCGAUUCCUGCUCGUUCUUUUUACUCCCCUUCUACUCCUUCCAUUGCCUCUCAUCAUCAGAACCAAAGAAGCAGAAUGUGCAUACACACUGUUUGUGGUGGCAAUCUUUUGGCUUACCGAAGCAUUACCCCUGGCUGUCACAGCUUUACUCCCUGCCUUAAUGUUUCCUAUGUUUGGAAUUAUGGCUUCCAAAGAGGUGGCGUCUGCUUAUUUCAAAGACUUCCAUCUGCUAUUAACGGGAGUAAUUUGUUUGGCGACAUCAAUAGAAAAAUGGAAUUUGCACAAGAGAAUUGCCUUGAAAAUGGUGAUGCUGGUGGGUGUUAACCCUGCAUGGCUGACACUUGGUUUCAUGAUCAGCAGUGCCUUCUUGUCCAUGUGGCUUAGCAAUACCUCUACUGCUGCUAUGGUGAUGCCCAUCGUCGAGGCAGUGGCACAGCAAAUCAUCCAUGCUGAAGCCGAAGUCGAUGCCAUAGAAAUGGCCUAUGCAAACGGAGCUACCAAUCAUGCUCUGGAACUUGACGAAAAUAUUAAUGAUUGUGAAGCAGAUGACUUGAAAGAUAAAGCAAAGCAAGCAAACGGAUACUGCAAUGGUACUGCUAAUACUGCUCAGAAUGUUGUGUGCCAGAUUGAAAAAGAAAAGCAGAAUCCAGCAGCAAGUGAAACAGGUAGAAAAUACCGAAACAAAAGGGACCACAUGAUGUGUAAAGUCAUGUGCCUGUGCAUUGCGUAUGCAUCUACUAUUGGAGGAUUGACUACCAUCACUGGAACAUCCACCAACUUGAUAUUUGCUGAGCAAUUCAAUACGCGGUACCCAAGUUGCCAGUGCAUCAAUUUUGGAUCCUGGUUUAUUCUCUGCAUCCCCAUCUCUAUUAUUAUUCUGUUGCUCUCAUGGGUUUGGCUCCAGUGGCUUUUCCUGGGUUUCAAUUUCAAAGAAAUGUUCCAGUGUGGCAAGACAAAGACUGUCAGAGAAUUGGCUUCGGCACGGGUUAUUCAAGAGGAAUACAAAAAACUUGGACCCCUCACCUACCCAGAAGUUAUCACCCUCAUCCUAUUCUUUCUGAUGGCCUUGUUGUGGUUUACUAGAGAUCCUGGAUUUAUCCCUGGUUGGGCCUCACUUUUCUCAGAGUACCCAGGAUUUGCUACCGAUUCAACGGCCGCCUUAAUCAUUGGCCUCCUCUUCUUCAUCAUUCCAGCAAAAACAUUGUCUAGAACUACAAAUGGAGAAAGCAUUGCUUUUGAUUACACUCCACUGAUUACUUGGAAAGAAUUUCAGACCUGCAUGCCUUGGGAAAUUGCCAUUCUUGUUGGUGGAGGGUUUGCACUGGCAGAUGGCUGUGAGGUUUCAAAACUCUCCGCAUGGAUCGCAAGCAAAUUAAGUCCUUUGGGAUCGCUACCUGUAUGGUUGAUUAUCAUCAUAACAUCUUUGAUUGUCACCUCAGUGACUGAAGUGGCCAGUAAUCCCGCUACAAUCACUAUAUUUCUGCCUAUCUUGGCGCCUUUGGCUGAAGCUAUUCUUGUGAACCCCCUUUAUAUUUUGAUCCCCUCAACCCUCUGCACAUCAUUUGCAUUCCUGUUGCCUGUAUCAAAUCCACCCAAUGCCAUUGUGUUUUCCUAUGGGCACCUGAACAUCAUGGACAUGGUAAAAGCUGGCUUGGGUGUCAAUAUCAUCGGAGUCGCUGUUGUCAUGCUUGCUGUCAUGACGUGGGCUGUGCCUUUGUUCAAGCUCGAUACAUAUCCGAGUUGGGCCCCCAUUCCUCUUAACAACACUGGACUUUAAAAAAAAAGGCACAAGUUCUUUGCCUUGUUCGUCUCUCUUCCAUUAUGUGAACUGCUAGACAUGUACAGGCAGGGCUUUUUUUUCAGCGCUUAGCGGUGCAGAGGGCAAUCUAAACUCCCCUCUGUCUGGAAAUCAGGGGGCGGGGCCACCAGCCAUGUGACCAUUUUCUCCGAGGGCAACCCACUGAGUUCCACCACCUCUUUUCCCAGAAAAAAAGUCCUGUGUACAGGACAAUACAAACUGUAGUCUAGGAUAGUUUAUGCCUUAUAUUCCCUUGUCCCACAGACUGAUAAAUUAGUUCUAAAGGUUGUAAAGCAAGAACGUUGCAGUAUGGAUACUGCAAUGGCCAGUGAGCCUUUAUGAAUUUCCUGUCAGUUCAUCCCAUUCAGAAUGUACUCGCAAGGGUUUUGAAGGUAGCAUCUGUCAUUUUGCACAUUCAUUAUGAAUGGUAAUUUGCCCCUGUUCUUAGGGUCAUUAAGUAAUGUCAUUUUAAAUAUUAGACUGCGUAAAUGCUGGGAGAAGAACGUACUGUAUAUAUUUUAAAAUAUUAGGUAGUGGUAGCAUCCACAUAUAAUUGUUAAGUAGAGGUUGUGUACAUAAUUUCAUAUUAUAGGCCCAUCUAUAAACUUCUAUAUGAAGGAGAACUUCAGUCCAAAAAAACGCAGUUUGUUUAUAAUUUUGCACUUAUUCUGUUUGCAUAUCGAGGCCAUCCUUUGCCCUCUGUAACUCUGUAAAAAGAAGAGGAUAUGAGGGUGAUCUGGCUGCGACAUCUCUCACCCCAUUGAUCGCCAGGGUUGAUUCGGCUGAUCUGGCUGGCUGGGUGGUUGUCCCCUUCCUCCCUCACCACUCAUGUGCGUCCCUCCCGAAGCUGCACGCUCGGUGGAAGAGGACGACCAUCCCAGAUAGAAGGAGUGUACCGUUUUUCGGUCAAGGGUAUAUGACAGCUGCGCUCCCCUGUAAAGAGAAUAUCUGAUUCCCCCACAUACGAGAACAGACUUUUCAGGAGAGCAUUAACCUAGUUUGUGUCAGAUGGGAAAAUUUUUACAGUCUUGGUUUCAAUCUGUUUAUGACCAAUGUGUUUACAGUAUGUCUACUAAAACAACCUGUGCAGCAGUUGCUCUUGUCACACAACAGGAUCUCAUAGCAGUUCCCUCUUGACAAUACAAUCUGGCUUGGGCUGUGGUCUUUUCCCCUGGUGCUUUGUUACUGUAGAACAGCCCAGAAGGGAUAUGCCAGGCUGUACAUGGGAGCUGUUUAAGAGAGCUUAUGGGGAAGCUUGAAGGUUGUAAGUGGGGGUGCUAGCUUACUGGGGUAAUGUAAUGAUAUUAAUAGAUUAUUAUUUUCUAUAGUAUUUGCUGUUGUUUACCCACUGUGGGUUCUGACAGUGUUGGGAGAAAGGUAGGAUAUAUAAAUCUGGAAAUAAAUACGAAUCAAUUAUUCUCUGUGUGGCUUAAAGCUACAUGACCAGUUUACCUGGUGAUUAUCAUGCCAUAAGUUUAUCCCUUGUGGACUUCCUUUCUCAGGGAUAAUUAUUGCUUGUACCUGACCAUAAGGGUUUCUCCACAAUAUGAGGAUAUAUGUAUGAUAACAGUUUUUCCAAAGGAUCAAGGUUUCUGUGCUGUAAACUUCCCGUAGUUCCCAGUGAGUGAAUAUACUUGAUCAUUUUUUAAGCAGAAUGGCUCACUAGAUCAUAUUGAUUGUGCCACAAUUAAUUAUAAAUGCUCCCAGGUGAAAUAUAAUAAGAUUUCUUGUUGCUGAACAUCUUUAACUGAAAACGAAGUUUCUCUGUUGUAGAAUUUCUAUUACCUUGCAUAAGUGUAUUUAUCUUUUUUGGAAAAAGCGGAUGUGGAAAAACAAUUCAAUUUUUCCUUUCUGGUGAUACUUCUUUGUUUGAAAAAAAAUGUGUAAAUUCUUCUGGUUACCCAAAAAGUUUUGUAUGUCAUCAUAUAAAUCUAAUAAUAAGAAUUA